AUGGAAACACAGAAACCAGAGAAAGAAUGGGGAAAGAAAAAGGCAUUUGGAACAUUUAUCGGUUUUGCCGUUAUAAAGAAAACUCGUAUAACUUGCAAAUGCCAUGGUGUCUCCGGAUCAUGCAGUUUAAUUACGUGCUGGCAACAGUUGUCAUCGAUAAGAGAAAUUGGUGACUAUUUACGUGAAAAGUAUGAAGAAUCUACGGAGGUGAAAUUAAACAAACGAGGGCGGUUGCAAGUCAAAGAUGCACAGUUCAAGGUGCCAACAGCGCACGAUUUGGUUUAUUUGGACGAAAGUCCUGAUUGGUGUCGAAAUAAUAAACAGCUACAGUGGCCGGGCACGCAUGGUCGCAUAUGCAACAAGACCUCAUCCGGAUUGGAUGGAUGCGGCAUACUCUGCUGUGGACGAGGCUAUAAUACGAAAAAUAUUGUCGUACGUGAACGUUGCAACUGCAAGUUCCACUGGUGCUGCCAAGUCAAAUGCGAUAUUUGUGUAAAAGUCCUCGAGGAGCACACAUGUAAAUAAUUCACAGCAAAAACGGAUUGAAUGUGCAAAAAUUAAAGCACAAAAAUGGAAUAAUAAUAAAAAAAAUCUGCAAUCAUUUAAUGUCCCGCUAAGUAAACAAACAUGUUAGACUACUUUCUCUUAGCCGUAAAGAAAAUUAUUUAUUUUUAGUGACUAGGAAAUAUUUAUUUAAGUACUUUAAUGUAAAAAUCAGUGCAUUUAAACAGAAAACGUAGAUUUACGAAGAAAAUUCAAAAUUAGUUUUUAGUGGAGGUUCGAUUACACUAAACUUGAUGAGAUGAGAUGAUGAGAUGAGAUGAGAUGAGAAGAUAUAUAUAUACAUUUUAUCGCUAUCGUAAGUAAGGCUUUGUAAGCAAAUUCCAUAAGUUAAAAUGCAUCACAAAACUAAUGAUAUUAUAGCUAUGAUAUGUAAUAAAGCAAACAUUUAUUUAAUUAGAAUUAAGAAAUAAAUAACUUCAAUUUUAAGAGUUUAGAAAUGUAUUUACUGCCAAACAGACGGGCAGACGGGCAGACGGGCAGACGGGCAGACGUGUGUGGAUCAGACGGGUUGAAAUAUGGGAGAGCAUACACACAGGACAGUAGCCUAAACUGUAGCUUUUCUAGAGAGCGACUAUCCUUUAUUGUUGUGUAUAUUUAUUUGUAAUUUUUUUAAAUAAUUAUCAGCAAGUAUAUAGUA